AAAAUGACUGGUGCCACGUGGAAAGCGAUUGUUGCACUGAUCCUGCUAAUGCUCAGCUCUGGUGGGGAUGGACUGUUCCGCACCCUAUACAAAAACGUCAAGGUUCCAAUGACAAAAGGAGGAGACGCGGGACACCCAUUAUUCCUUACUCCAUAUAUUACAGAAAAGAAACUCAAAGAAGGGAGACGGCGGAGUUUGGUUGCUCCUUUCCCAGGAUGUAAUGAGAAGAGUUAUGCAGGUUACCUCACUGUGAACCAGACCUACAACAGCAACCUUUUCUUCUGGUUCUUUCCUGCUGAGACACAGCCAUCGGAUGCCCCACUCGUUCUUUGGCUUCAGGGUGGACCGGGAGGCUCGUCUCUGUUUGGACUCUUUGUGGAAAAUGGACCUUUUUUUGUCACAAAAAACCUGACCUUGCGUAGCAGAGACUUCCGUUGGACCAGCACAUUUUCCAUGCUUUACAUCGAUAAUCCAGUGGGCACAGGCUUCAGUUUUACUGAAGAUCCCCGGGGAUAUGCAACCAAUGAGGAUGAUGUGGCACAAAAUUUAUACAGAGCUUUAGUUCAGUUUUUCCAGUUGUUUCCUCAAUAUCAGAAGAAUGACUUUUAUGCCACUGGGGAGUCUUAUGCAGGGAAAUACGUGCCAGCCAUUGCUCACUAUAUCCACAUCCUCAACCCCAAGUCAGAGAUGAAGAUCAACCUGAAAGGAAUUGCCAUUGGAGAUGCAUAUUUUGAACCUGAAUCUAUCAUAAAAGGCUAUGCAACAUUCCUGUACCAUGUUGGCUUGCUGGAUGAGAAACAGAGAAAGUACUUCCAGAAGCUGUCUGAUGAGUGCAUCAAGUACAUCAAGGAGAAGAUGUGGCCUCAAGCCUUUGAAGUACUGGAUAAACUACUAGGUGGUGACUUAACAACUGAGCCUUCUUACUUUGAGAAUGUUACUGGAUGUUCUAAUUAUUUUAACAUUUUACAGUGCAAGGAUCCUCAGGACCAAUAUUACUACAACAAAUUUUUGGCCUUCCCACAAGUGAGACAAGCCAUCCAUGUGGGAAAUCAAACUUUUAGUGAUGGAUCUAAAGUUGAAAAGUACUUGAGAGAUGAUACCAUGCAGUCAGUUAAGCCUUGGUUAAUUGAAAUCAUGAAUAAUUACAAGGUUCUAAUCUACAACGGCCAACUGGACAUCAUUGUGGCAGCGCCCCUUACAGAGAACUCUCUGAUGGCAAUGGACUGGAAAGGAGCCAAAAAAUACAAGCGGGCGGGCAGGAAAGUUUGGAAGAUCUUUAAAACUGAUAAAGAGGUGGCUGGUUAUGUGCGGCAAGUGGGUGACUUCUGUCAGGUAAUUGUUCGAGGUGGAGGACACAUUUUACCAUAUGACCAACCUCUGAGAUCUUAUGACAUGAUUAAUCGAUUUGUUUUUGGAAGAGGAUGGAAUCCUUAUGAUGCAUGAGCCACUUUCCUAAAACAGGAUUUCAGGGGCUUUAAAUCUUUGAAAAGAAAAUUUUCAGUAUUGAAAAUAUCAUAUACAUAAGAAAAUGAUCUUUUAUCUCUGUAAAAUUUUCUCAUCAAU